CAGGGGAGUAGGUGAGAAACAGGGGAGUAGGUGAGAAACAGGGGAGUAGGUGAGAAACAGGGGAGUAGGUGAGAAACAGGGGAGUAGGUGAGAAACAGGGGAGUAGGUGAGAAACAGGGGAGUAGGUGAGAAACAGGGGAGUGGGUGAGAAACAGGGGAGUAGGUGAGAAACAGGGGAGUAGGUGAGAAACAGGGGAGUAGGUGAGAAACAGGGGAGUAGGUGAGAAAGGGUAUAGAAUCUAUGGCAGAUCAAAGGCUACAUCAGGCCCUCUGUCAUACCACACAAACACAUGCACACACACACUCUCUCUCUCUCUCUCUCUCUCUCUCUCUCUCUCUCUCUCUCUCCGUCACAUGGCCCUGUACCUGCUCUACCUCUGCUUCCCCUUGCACACUCAUCUGCAUAUCCCUUGCACUGCACUAUAAAUUCCUCCAGAAACGGGCACUUAUUCCUUCAUAAAUCUCUUCCUUGUCACUUUCAAAUUACAGAGAUUUAUUCACAGAUGAACAAGCCAGAGCAGAGUCGAGAAAGGGAACAGGGGAGAAAGGGGGGAGGGAAACCUCUUCAUCUUUUUAUGACCAACAUGGCGGGUGGUGUGGUGUGUGUAUCUGCAUAUGCCCUUUGUGUGUGUCACACUGGUGGCAGCCCCAGAGCAGGAAGGGUGUGCGCCCUCCAACAAAGCCUUGACAACUCCCCGUGCCACAAUCUCAUCUGUUCCAGUCAGCGCACUCCUCAAAAACUAUUUAACUUUCAUUAAACAGUUUUUGAUAUGGGCUGAGAAAGGAAGGCAUGAAGCGCCCGUAACGCUCAUAUGCUCUCAUUCAUUCUAGCUACUGCUGUUUCUCCCUUUUCACUCCCUCUCUCUCCCAGACUUACUCUCUUUCUCCCUAUGUGACGGUCUAUCCUCUUUUCUCCCCCUCUCCAUCUCCCUCUGCGCUCUCUCCCCUCUCUCUCUCCAUCUCACUCUCAUACCCUGUCCCCCCCUCUCUCUCCCUUUCUCUCAUUCUUUGUCUUUCAUUCUCUCCCUUUCAUUCUCUUUCUCUUAUUCUCUCAUUCUCUCUCUCUCUCUCUCUCUCUCUCUCUCUCUCUCUCUCUCUCUCUCUCUCUCUCUCAUUCUCUCUAUCUCUCAUUCUCUCUAUCUCUCUCCGUCUGUCUCUCUCUCUCUGUCUCUCAUUCUCUCUUUCUCUCUUCUCUCUCUCUCUCUCUCUCUCUCUCUCUCUGUCUCUCAUUCUCUCUCUCUCUCUAUCUCUCUCAUGUCCUCUCUCAUUCUCUCUAUCUCUCUCAUUCUCUCUCUGUCUCUCUCUGUCUCUCUCUGUCUCUCUCUCUCUCUCUCUCUCUCUCUCUCUCUCUCUCUCUCUCUCUCUCUCUCUCUCUCUCUCUCUCUCUCUCUCUCUCUCUCUCUCUCUCUCUCUUUCUCUGGCUGUCUGUCAGGAUAGCAUGCAGGUUGGUUAAAUGAGGAACCUUUGAAGCUGUAGUUAGUGCUCACAUUCCUCUUUUCCUUUGUGUGCGUCUCCUACUGUUGAAACAGUGAUUCAUGUACUGCUCGUCCAACCUCCAUUAAUUUCAUGUAAUGUAGCUUUUAUCUCCGUCACUGGGACCACUAUCUCCUCCACCGUCUCUCUCUCUCUCUCUCUUUCACUCUUUCCUUCUCUCUUUCUCUCUCUCAUACACACACACAGCCUUACUCUCUCCUUUUCUCUUUAUCUGUCAUCUCACUUGCAGAUUAUUUUCUCUUUCUCUCUCUUUCCCAAGGUAACUGGUUCUAUUACUUACCUACUUCUGCCCCUGUUAGAGGUCAUUGUGGCAGUUCACCGUGUGUGUGGGUAUUGGGAUGGUGUCAUUCACUGGCAGUUUCAUCAAAUCAAAUUUAUUUUACACGUCACAUGCUCCGUAAACAACAGGUGUAGACUAACAGUGAAAUGCUUACGGGCCCAUCCCAGACAUUGGUGCUGCUUGCCGUGCGGUAGCAAAGAGAACAGUCUAUGACUUGGGUAGCUGGAGUCUUUGUAAUAUUAUGGGCCUUCCUCUAGCACUGCCUGGUAUAGAGAUCAUGAAUGGCAGGGAGCUUGGCCCCAGAGAUGUACCCUCUGUCUGUUUGGCCCUGUCCGGGGGUAUCGUUGGACGGGGCCACAGUGUCUCCCGACCCCUCCUGUCUCAGCCUCCAGUAUUUAUGCUGCAAUAGUUUGUGUCGAGGGGCUAAGGUCAGUCUGUUAAAUCUGGAGUAUUUCUCCUGUCUUAUCUGGUGUCCUGUGUGAAUUUAAGUAUGCUCUAUAAUUCUCUCUCUUUCUCUCUCUUUCUCUCUCUCUCUCUCGGAGGACCUUACCCCUAGGACCAUGCCUUAAGGACUACCUGGCAUGAUGACUCCUUGCUGUCCCCAGUCCACCUGGUCAUGCUGCAGCUACAGUUUCAACUGUUCUGCCUGUGCCUAUGGAACCCUGACCUGUUCACCGGACGUGCUGUUUUCAACUCUCUAGAGACAACAGGUGUGGUAGAGAUACUCUGAAUGAUUGGCCAUGAAAAGCCAGCUGACAUUUACUCCUGAGGUGCUGACCUGUUGCACCCUCUACAACCACUGUGAUUAUUAUUAUCUGACCCUGCUGGUCAUCCAUGAAUGUUUGAACAUCUUGGUUAUGUUCUGUUAUAAUCUCCACCCGGCACAGCCAGAAGAGGACUGGCCACCCCUCAUAGCCUGGUUCCUCUCUAGGUUUCUUCCUAGGUUCCGACCUUUCGAGGGAGUUUUUCCUAGCCACUUUGCUUCUACACCUGCAUUGCUUGCUGUGUGGGGUUUUAGGCUGGGUUUCUGUACAGCACUUUGUGACAUCAGUUGAUGUAAGAAGUGCUUCAUAAAUACAUUUGAUUGAUUGAUUGUAGCGCCUUGCGGUCAGAUGCCAAGCAGUUGCCGUACCAAGUGGUGAUGCAGCAAGUCAAGAUGCUCUCAAUGGAGCAGUUGUAGAACUUUUUGCCAAAUCUUUUAAGCCUCCUGAGGGGGAAGAGGCAUUGUCAUGCCUUCUUCUGUGUUGGUGUGCGUGGACCAUGUCAAUUCCUUAGUGAUGUGGACACCGAGGAACUUGAAGCUCUCGACCCGCUCCACCUCAGCACCGUCGAUGUGGAUGGGGUUCAUGCUCAGCCCUCUGCUUCCUGUAGUCGACGUGCAUUUACUGGUAACAAAGUUCUCCCCCUCUUCCUCAGCCUCAUCAUCCUCAUCGUCACCGCCAGCGUAAACACAAAACUCUUCAUUCUAACAAACCAUGAAAUUCCAGAUAUAAGGUACCGUAUGUAAAUGUUCCCUGUCAGAGAAGCUCAGCUCCGGUCUGCUUUAUGUUUAGCACUCUGUCCCCUGAGAGGAUCCCACUGCACUGAGCCAUGGAAAUGUCAGCGGUCAAGUUUACAUGGGAAAAGUUGGAAAGCUAAACCGCCGGUCACCCUGGGCCACAGAAAAGACACGGGUGUGUUGCUCUUCGCUAUAGGGGGUAAGAUGUGGAGGUCUGGUGUUACACAGCUAACAUAUGUCAGAACACCUGAGCAGCAGCUAGCCCUCCCCAUUCCCUCCUCACGACCCGCUCCCCUCCACUCCUCUGCCACUCCUGGGUUAAUGUGCCCCCCAGCCGUGUGGCAGGGCGAGCUGGCGCGCUUCCCUCUCGCCCGGCCAGCCCCCACGCUGGGCAACCACGGCCCACCGACAGCAUCCAUCGCCCCGACAUGACGGAUCACAUAUGGAAGCCUUCCACCACCACCGGCGCACCGGCAGAUAGGGGGCAGGGGGAGGAUGGAUGGGAAGAGAGAGGGGGUUUAACACGGCAUAUAGAGAAUCAAGGUUCUACGCAGCAUUAAACCACACAGCAGAGGAAGAAAAGCGGUCUUCUCCAAACAAAGUUUCCCCCCAAUUAACAGUACCCCCUGUUACACCAAAGGUUCUCAAAGGCCAGAAGAUUUUGACCCGAAAAGGAAGGAGAUACACCUUAAAACAAUAGACAGACAGAGACACAAAGACAGAGAGAGAGACAGAAGGUGAAUGGGGGUGAGUGAGGGGACAUUGAGAGAAGAAGAAGAGUGUUCAGACAGCACUUUAUCACUUGCUUUAAAACUCUCAAUCUUCCUCUCGUCUUUAGCAUUUGAAGCGCUAAGGUCCCCAGUGCCAGCAAAGGUCAGGGCUAUGAUUUAUUGGUCUCUUAUGGAGGUGCUGUCUGUAGGGCUGAGCGUUGUGCCAUACGUCUGGACACCAGCCAACAUUACUGGGUUCAAACUCAGCCAACACACUAGAACAGGCUUGGGGUCAAUGCCAUUUCAGCUCAAAAUAAUGACUUGUCAUGAAGCAGGAAACUUUCCUCAAUAUGUAGAUUUGUAAAUAAUGUAUUUUCUUAGCCUCCUGAAGUAUGACCAUUUUAUUUGCUUGGCAGCACGCAAGGCCAGAAUCCACUAUGCUACAAACUCAAAGCACAUCAAUUCUCCUCUCUUUUCUCUCCAACAUGUUCAGACUGUAAUACGUGUUUAAUAUGAUACAUUACGAAGCAAAAUACUGCGUAAUUAUUUUUCAAUAUUUUAAUUCAAAUCUUUUUCAGAUCAUGUCCUUGUGAUGCCAAAAAUGUAUGAAAUAUGGAGAGUACCCUUGUCGAAGUUGAAAGUUGAAAAUUAGACGCUUGUUCAUUUUGAUGUAAAUACAUGAAACUUAAUAUCCUCCAGUCCAGUACCAUUUUCUUCCUAUUUAUCAAUUCAGGGUUAUUGAUCACUAAUGAUUCAUACAAGUGAAAAUUGUAUCAUUAUUUUCCUGAAUUGCACUUCAUUUGACAUGACAAGGUCUCACCACAUCAUUGUAAACAUUUGAAUGAUUGUAUUGCGUUUCAGGGAGGGCUUUUGCCUGAUAUGUGUGUCUGUAAACCAAAGAAAGAGGAUAUACAUAAUUAUGGUUCAUGGUUCUCAUUUAAUUUAAAGUCGGAAUAACAUAAUAACUUCCUUUAAAUAUUGCAUUCUUCAAGUAGGGUCUUCUCUUUCAUUUGACACGAUUCAAAACACCAUGACAUUUCAUCACAGUUUUCUUCUUUAAAUAUCUACUAAACCAUACCAACACGUGAUCUCUUUAGUUCACUACGGAAAGGGUUAGUCCCUACUGCACCCAUGAGAUGACCAUGGCUGAUGUCAUGUGUUGAUAGCGUCCCCGCUUGAGUCCGUGGCGAGAAAAGCAUUAUUACAUCACAUUGUCUGCUGGGAGAGACCAGCGCUACGCAGUAUGACGCUGGAACAUUUGUGUGUAUUAAAUCUCAGACUGUAAUUGCUUGAAUAAGAGUGAAAAUGAAAAACAACAUGGUCGUGAUGUGUAACAGAGGCCUGCUGUGGCACUGAAACUGUACACAACACAUACCGUGCAAAUGUCUCUGAACAGAAAUAUAGCAGAUAGAACAGAUGCCGUGUAGUCAGUAAUGGUCACGUUCAAUUACCAUGCAUUGUAGGCCUACACUGGAUCAGCCUCAAAGCCAUUAUUGGGCGGCAGGGUAGCCUAGUGGUUAGAGCGUUGGACUAGUAACCGGAAGAUUGCAAGUUCAAACCCCAGAGCCGACAAGGUACAAAUCUGUCGUUCUGCCCCUGAACAGGCAGUUAACCCACUGUUCCUAGGCCGUUAUUGAAAAUAAGAAUUUGUUCUUAACUGACUUGCCUAGUUAAAUAAAGGUUAAAAAAAAAUGUGCCAUUGUUGCUGUAGUACAGUAUGUAGACCAUAUAUAUAUACACACUACCGUUCAAAAGUUUGGGGUCACUUAGAAAUGUAAAGACCAUUGGUGGAAGAAGGUGAGGACCAAGAUGCAGCGUGGUAAGUGUUCAUCAUUAUUUUAAUAAACUGAACACUAAAUACAACAAGGAACAAAAGAAACAACCGAAACAGCUCCGUCAGGUGCAAAACACACUAAACAGAGAAUAACUACCCACAACCCAUAGUGGGAGAACAGGCUGCCUAAGUAUGGUUCUAAAUCAGUGACAACGAUUGACAGCUGCCUUUGUUUGGGAACCAUACCAGGCCAAAACCAGAAAUACAAAACAGAACAAAAACAUAGAAUGCCCACCCCAACUCACAACCUGACCAAACUAAAAUAGAGACAUAAAAAAGGAACUAAGGUUAGGACGUGACAAGAAAUGUCCUUGUUUUUUAAAGAAAAGCACAUUAUUAGUCCAUUAAAAUAACAUCAACUUGAUCAGAAAUACAGUGUAGACAUUGUUAAUGUUGUAAAUGACUAUUGAAGCUGGAAACAGCUACAAUAGUACAGAGGCCCAGAGGCCCAGAGGCCCAGAGGCAACCAUCACUUCUGUGUUCCAAUGGCAUGUUGUAUUAACUAAUCCAAGUUUAUCAUUUUAAAAGGCUAACUGAUCAUUAGAAAACCCUUUUGCAAUUAUGUUAGCACAGCUGAAAACUGUCCUUCUUUAGACUAGUUGAGUAUCUGGAGCAUCAGCAUUUGUUGGGUUUGAUUACAGGCUCAAAAUGGCCAGAAACAAAUAACUUUCUUCUGAAACUCAUCAAUCUAUUCUUGUUCUGAGAAAUGAAGGCUAUUCCAUUUGUGAAAUUGCCAAGAAACUGAAGAUCUCGUACAACGCUGUGUCCUUCUUCCUUCACAGAACAGUGCAAACAGUCUCUAACCAGAAUAGAAAGAGGAGUGGGAGGCCCCGGUGCACAACUGAGCAAGAGGACAAGUACAUUAGUGUCUAGUUUGAGAAACAGACGCCUCACAAGUCCUCAAUUGGCAGCUUCAUUAAAUAGUAUCCGUAAAACACCAGUCUCAACGUCAACAGUGAAGAUGCGACUCCGGGAUGCUGGCCUUAUAGGCAGAGUUCCUCUGUCAAGUGUCUGUGUUCUUUUGCCCAUCUUAAUCUAUAAUUGUUUUUGGCCAGUCUGAGAUAUGGCUUUUUAAUUGCAAUUCUGCUUUUCUUUAAAAAACAAGGACAUUUCUAAGUGACCCCAAACUUUUGAACGGUAGUGUACAUAAUGUUGUAAUGCAGUUGUGUUAUGUUUCAGUGGUGUUAUUUUUCAGUUGUGUUAUGUUUCAGUUGUGUUAUUUUUCAGUUGUGUUAUGUUUCAGUUGUGUUAUGUUUCAGUUGUGUUAUUUUUCAGUUGUGUUAUGCUUCAGUUGUGUUAUUUUUCAGUUGUGUUAUGCUUCAGUUGUGUUAUGUUUCAGUUGUGUUAUGCUUCAGUUGUGUUAUGUUUCAGUUGUGUUAUGUUUCAGUGGUGUUAUGUUUCAGUGGUGUUAUUUUUCAGUUGUGUUAUGUUUCAGUUGUGUUAUUUUUCAGUUGUGUUAUGCUUCAGUUGUGUUAUGUUUCAGUUGUGUUAUGUUUCAGUGGUGUUAUGUUUCAGUGGUGUUAUGUUUCAGUGGUGUUAUGCUUCAGUUGUGUUAUGUUUCAGUUGUGUUAUGUUUCAGUUGUGUUAUUUUUCAGUUGUGUUAUGCUUCAGUUGUGUUAUGUUUCAGUUGUGUUAUCUUUCAGUGGUGUUAUGUUUCAGUUGUGUUAUGUUUCAGUUGUGUUAUGUUUCAGUGGUGUUAUGUUUCAGUUGUGUUAUGUUUCAGUUGUGUUAUGUUUCAGUUGUGUUAUGUUUCAGUUGUGUUAUGCUUCAGUUGUGUUAUGUUUCAGUUGUGUUAUUUUUCAGUUGUGUUAUGCUUCAGUUGUGUUAUGUUUCAGUUGUGUUAUGUUUCAGUGGUGUUAUGUUUCAGUGGUGUUAUGUUUCAGUGGUGGUGGAGUUCUAAGGUGUCAUUGUACAGCUGCUCUAUUACUACGACACCCUCCCUCCUCUCCUCACCGGCUUCCAGGACAGCGAUAGCGAGAUGUUUAGCUGCAUUCAACAUGAAAGACUGCCUCUCUCUGCUGACAUAUAACUUGAAAAAGCGGCCACCAGUUUGCUUUCAAGAGGGGAGGAAAUUGAACACAACCGCCAUUUGAAGUGUGGAUUGAGAGACUGGUUUCUGAAGUGAAUAAACUGACGACAAAAUCCGGCGAGGAGAGCUUUCCCCGUGUCAUGAAAACCAUUGGACUCUUUAAAGAAUCCCACGUCACAUUUACAGAGAAGAAAAUAUAUAAAGGUGUAUUUAAAGGUCUAUGUUGGAGGAGAGGUUACACGUCCUCUGCACUACCAACAAAGGACCAUUACCUUCACCAGUGGAGAGAAAGGUUCCCUGAUGUUAAGUCACAAACUAAAACUGAGAACUCUGGUGGUGCCAGAGACUCUGACCUUCCUUCAGCAAACCUUUACAUCGCGUUCUCUUUCUCUGACUCGACUUUAAGUGUUGAACAGUCUUGAACAAAGUGCUACGAUGCCCCGCACUCUGCCGGUCUGGUCAGACAGAAAGCUCCAGAUUUCCGAUGACCAUGCACAGUGUGUGAGUAUUGUUUUCAAUGCGAUUGAUUGCCAGAAAAAUGCAUAUAUUAAAAACUCCC